GUCAAUGGCAUACAGCUUUAUGGGAAAUCUCGCCGAGAAGCCGUCUCCUUUCUUAAAGAAGUGCCAACCCCUUUCACCAUGGUUUGCUGUCGACGGCUGUUUGAUGAUGAGGCCUCUGUGGAUGAACCAAGGAUCACUGAGACCCCUGUUCCCGAGCUGGAGGUUUACCACAGUAUAGAUGUUAAUACUGAAGACGAUGAUGGAGAGUUAGCCCUGUGGUCUCCUGAAGUCAAGAUUGUUGAGCUUAUAAAGGACCAUAAAGGCUUGGGAUUCAGCAUUUUGGAUUACCAGGAUCCUUUAGAUCCCACAAGAUCAGUGAUUGUGAUCCGCUCCCUGGUAGCAGAUGGUGUUGCAGAAAGAAGUGGAGAACUUCUACCUGGAGACCGCCUGAUAUCGGUCAAUGAAUGCUGUUUGGACAAUACCUCACUUGCUGAAGCUGUGGAAAUACUGAAGUCUGUGCCCCCGGGCGUUGUGCACCUUGGCAUCUGUAAGCCUUUGGUGGAAGAUGAGAAAGAAGAAAGUUGCUAUGUUUUACAUUUAAACAAUAAUGAAGAUGAGACUGAACUUUCAGAAACAAUUCAUGAUAUAAAUUCAUCUUUAAUACUUGAAGCACCCCAGGGUUUUAGAGAUGAACCAUAUUUUAAAGAAGAACUUGUGGAUGAACCAUUUCUAGAUUUGGGACAGUCUUUGCAGUCCUCACAGAAAGAAAUAGACAAUGGCAAGGAGUCCUGGGAAAUGCAGGAGUUUCUGAGUCCUGGACUGGAGGAAAUGGGCGAAGAAAGAGAGAUGCUUGUUGAUGAGGACUAUGAACUGUAUCAAGACCACUUUCGGCCCAUGGAAUUAUAUCUCUCAGCACACAUGCCAGAGGCCACUCCUGUGCCCGCCAACCAGGAACACCAGUUUGGCACACAGUGGUUACAUGAUGACCUCUCAGGUGGUGAAAUUCCCGAGUCUCCAGACAGGUCUGUGAGGGGUGUAUCUUCCCAGCAGACACAGCAGUAUGGCUAUAGCGCUGGAGACAUGAUGGAAGAAACCUUUGGCUAUGAUUCCUUACCACCUGUACCUUCUGCUGAAGAAAACAGUCAACAUGGGAGAUUUGAUGAUCUAGAGAAUCUCAAUUCAUUGGCAAAAGGCAGCCUGGAUUUAGGCAUGAUGACUCCAAAUGAUGUCCCAGGUGCCAGCAUGCUUGUUGACCUUCCUGCUGUGGCUGAAAGGGAACAAGAAGAUUUGCCUUUAUACCAGCUCCCCAGGACCCGCGGUAUUUCAGAGGCCUCAGCAUACGUGGGGAUGUCGUCUUCUAGAUAUGCCACUGGUGUAUGUGACUUACCUGAGAGAGAAGAAGGAGAAGGAGAAGAAACACCAAACUACAGCCACUGGGGUCCACCAAGAAUGGUUGAGAUUCAUAGAGAACCCAAUGUGUCUCUUGGUAUCAGUAUUGUUGGUGGACAAACAGUUAUAAAACGUCUGAAGAAUGGAGAGGAGCUUAAAGGUAUAUUUAUCAAACAAGUUUUAGAAGACAGUCCAGCAGGAAAAACCAACGCACUUAAAACUGGAGAUAAAAUACUUGCGGUGUCUGGAGUGGAUUUGCAGAAUGCCUCCCACAGUGAAGCAGUUGAGGCCAUUAAGAAUGCAGGAAACCCUGUGGUGUUUGUGGUUCAGAGCUUAUCAUCCACCCCAAGAGUCAUUACUAAUGUGCAUAACAAGGGCAACAAAACCACCAGUAGCCAGGACCAGGACGCCCAAGGAAGAAAAGAACAGAGGCGAGGAAUGGCUCCACCUCCAAUGAAACUGCCUCCUCCUUACAAAUCUCCAUCAUCUUCAGACAGUGAUGAAAGCGAAGGAGAAUGUUCACCAGCCGAGAAAAAAAUCAGGCAAAGGUAUGCAGACCUGCCUGGAGAGCUACACAUUAUUGAACUUGAAAAGGAUAAGAACGGACUGGGACUCAGCCUCGCUGGUAACAAAGACAGGUCUCGCUUGAGCAUAUUCGUGGUGGGGAUCAACCCAGAAGGACCUGCAGCCACAGACGGACGGAUGCGUGUUGGAGAUGAGCUGUUAGAGAUAAACAACCAGAUCCUCUAUGGAAGAAGUCACCAGAAUGCAUCUGCCAUUAUUAAGACUGCCCCAUCCAAGGUCAAGCUUGUUUUCAUCAGAAAUGAAGAUGCAGUCAAUCAGAUGGCCGUUACUCCUUUCCCAUUGCCAUCAAGCUCCCCAUCCUCCAUUGAGGAUCAGAGUGGCACCGAACCUGUCAGUAGUGAGGAAGAUGGCUAUCUGCAAGUUGGUGUUAAGCAGCUACCGGGAAGUGAAAGCUCCAAGCUGGAAGACCUGUCCCAGGUGGUUGGUCUGCAGAAACCCUCAGAGUAUCCAACUGACAGUGCUGCCAGCCAGAUGAAACAGCAAAAAUCUUCAGCAAAAGCCUCCUUCAGUUCGCAAGAGGUCCUGCUAGCACCAGCUUCAUCAUCUGAUUCAACAGAUGGAGACUUCACAGGAUAUGGUGGCUUCCAGGCUCCUCUGUCUGUGGAUCCUGCAACACGUCCCAUCGUCCCUGGCCAGGAAAUGAUUAUAGAAAUAUCCAAGGGACGCUCAGGGCUUGGUCUCAGCAUCGUGGGAGGAAAAGACACACCCUUGGAUGCCAUUGUCAUUCAUGAAGUCUAUGAAGAAGGAGCAGCAGCCAGAGAUGGAAGGCUGUGGGCUGGAGAUCAGAUAUUAGAGGUCAAUGGCAUUGACCUUAGGAGCUCCAGCCACGAAGAAGCCAUCACGGCCCUGAGGCAGACUCCCCAAAAGGUGCGGCUGGUGGUGUACAGAGAUGAAGCACACUACCGGGAUGAGGAAAACUUGGAGAUUUUCCCUGUGGAUCUGCAGAAGAAGGCCGGCCGAGGCCUGGGGCUGAGCAUCGUUGGGAAACGGAACGGAAGUGGAGUGUUUAUUUCUGACAUCGUGAAAGGCGGAGCUGCAGACCUGGAUGGGAGGUUAAUUCAGGGAGAUCAGAUCCUGUCUGUGAAUGGGGAGGACAUGAGGAAUGCCUCGCAAGAGACAGUGGCCACCAUCCUCAAGUGUGCACAGGGCCUUGUGCAGCUAGAGAUUGGGAGACUCCGAGCCGGUUCCUGGGCCUCCUCAAGGAAGACAUCGCAAAACAGUCAGGGAAAUCAGCACAGCGCACACAGCAGCUCUCGGCCCUCCUUGGCCCCUGUCAUUGCCAGCCUGCAAAACCUAGUCGGCACAAAAAGAGCUUCGGAUUCUUCUCAGAAAAUUUCAGGCACAGAUAUGGGACCAAGGACUGUUGAGAUAAUCAGAGAGCCCAGUGAUGCCCUUGGAAUUAGUAUUGCUGGAGGAAAAGGAAGUCCCUUAGGAGAUAUUCCUAUUUUUAUCGCCAUGAUUCAGGCCAGUGGAGUAGCUGCACGCACACAGAAACUUAAAGUUGGAGAUCGGAUUGUCAGCAUCAACGGGCAACCUGUGGAUGGGCUAUCUCACGCAGACGUGGUCAAUCUGCUGAAAAACGCCUACGGGCACAUUAUCCUGCAGGUUGUAGCAGAUACCAAUAUAAGCGCCAUAGCAACUCAGCUUGAAAACAUGUCCACAGGCUGCCACCUUGGCUCACCCACAGCUGACCACCAACUGGAAGACAAAGAGGAGCAGCUGCAGAUGAUGGACGAUUAAAGCGAGGUGAUCAGAUUUUAGCUGUUAAUGGCGAAACCCUGGAAGGCGUAACUCAUGAGCAAGCUGUGGCCAUUCUAAAGCACCAGAGAGGGACUGUAACCUUAACUGUGCUGUCCUGAGCCACAGACCUGAUCAUGAGAUAGAUGUGAUUGUUAGAAUGUCCAUGAGAAGAUGAAGUUUCAGGUGGGGGUGAAAAGCCACCUGCACUAAAAUUCAGCCAUCGUCACCCUCUCAUCCUCUGUGCUCAGGAGAGCUGGUUGGAGCUGCAACUGAGUUUCCCAAGUAACAGCCAUCUGCCUAAGGUUUCCCAAUGCUUGUCACUUCUUGGUGAGGUUAACUUCUAAAACUUGAAUGAGUCUCACCUGUUUUGCACUUACCAUCCAUGUGAACCGAUUCUUAUUGUAUUUGCUGAAACUGGAGUGAACAACCUCUUGUUCCUUACACCCAUCCCCAUUCGCAUAGAGGCUUUCAUAGCCAGCUGCAAUCUCAUCUGAUGAACAGAAACGAAUAUUCCAGCCUGUUAUCCCACUCAUGAUUUACUUAGGCUAAUUGUCUCUUCAAGUAAGUCAGAAAAUACUAGCAGUGUUAUCAACUUCCUAUGCUCUCCUAAGGGAAAUUACUAUACUCUCCUCUGAAUGACUUAUAGUCAAAUAAGUCUCAAAUCCAUUUCCCUGGAUAGAUCUUUACAUGUGAGCCACUGGUGAUUUUCAUGAGUCAAUUUGCAGACUGCAACCUUCUAAAAUUCUGACAGGCUUUCUAAUUGUUUUCUGAGUUACACACCACUGAGCAAAUGCACCUUGUUCUCACAGGAACAGUUAGCCCCCAUGUUCUGAAUUCUACCGAAGCUAAUUUGUAUUUGUGUCUGGGACGUUCAUCCAAGUCAUUCCCACCCUCAGUCAAGGUGGAUGCCUCAGAGCCACACUACAGAGAGUGGCAGGUUUUUCCUGGAGCCAGAUGAGGUCUGAGUAACCUUGGCCUUGUGCAAAGUAGAGUGCAAGUAAGGUACCCUUCCCUUCACCUCCAUACCUGUCAGCACAGCACCACAGGCUGCAGGGACUAGAUGGGACCUUGCUUAGCCAUAAAGUAACCGAGCCUAGGAAUCAGAUGAAAAUGCUUGCUUCAUGUUUCCAGGUCUCCAGGGGGGCUUCACAUUGGCUGAAGUUUUGCAUGUUAAGAAAGCACCCACUGGCCUGGGCCGUGGCUCAAGGGGUAAAGCAUCUGCCUAGCAAGCACAAGGCCCUGAGUUCAAAUCCAUGUACCAACACACACACACACAUACACACAAAUCACAUGUAAAGAGAGCAACUACAGAAGAAAAAUAUAAGAAUGCCUGGAAAGGUGGCCAUGGGCAUUCUUACUCACACAUUAGCAGGAAGCAGGGAGAUGCUUGUCAGUGAACGCUAUAGAACCUUCUUUUUAAAAAAUACCCUAAAGAUAAGCACCAGAGUCAGUCACAGGUGUAGUUCAAUGUUGUUUUACUACACCAUACUGCAAAUGUUCACAAUAAUUACCAAAAUUUAAUGGGCUGUAAUUUAAAAGGUUAUUUAAUAAGUAUAGAUUUUAACUGAGAAUUAGCUUUUAGUAGAUGUAAUCACAAAAGUGCAUUAACUCUUGUUGGAAUAUUUUGUUGCUAUUCCAAAGUCUAGAGUGCCUAAACUUUCUGUUGAAAAUGUGUUUAAUGACUGGUAUUAAGUUUUUUGAGAUUACAUACAGUUUUUGGAACUUCUAACACAUCCAAGAUAACACAGCGUUGUUAGGAUCUCAUCUUUCAGUAUGUGAGAAGCUACCAACCUCAGAAUGUUCUGUGUUAAUAGUAUCUCAAGAACAUCUCAGGCAGCCAAGAUGAAACGAAGCCCAAAUGAAACUUGAAAAUGCACCUUAAACUAUCUAUGUAAACAUAGAGACUUCUGAAAUGUGAUUCUGCUUACUUUUGAUGGAAUGGCCUAGUAUUAAAUACACCUUUUGAA